AAUUACUUCUACACACUCCGUCAUGUAAGUCCUUCCUGUUUUCCAUAGUUCCGUCUUCUCUCUCGUGCCAUGUUUGCAUAGACUGGGCUGAGCAGGAAGUCGAGAAAAAAGUUUUGCCCAGGAAGAGCCACAAGGACUUUAUCGUGAGGAGGGUUUUGUUGUUUGUGUUGUGACGUUUGACACCCGGUGUGUGUCCCCUACGAGCCAUGGGGGCUGAGAGAGGAGCUGUCGGGGUUGCAGCAGGGAGCAGAAAGACUCCUUUGAAGGGAGAGGACUGACGUUUGAAAGCCAACCUUGGUUGUUUGAGUGGAAGCGCUCCAACCAGACAAACCAGAUACCUCCUGAUGGAUUUUAGAGGGAAACCCUACCCUGAAGCCUCAGACACUGCCGAGGAAUAGACGUCACACACACACACACACAAGACACACAAGACACUCUCUUUCACACACACGUCAGUGAAGGAGGACAGAAGAGAACAUGGAAGCACUGAGAGAGUCUUUUCUGCAUUUGACUUUUCAGAUGUCAACGUAUAAGAGAGCCACGCUGGACGAGGAGGACCUGGUGGACUCCACCGGAGACGACAUCUACCCAUCAUCCCCCAUGCAGGUGACUCUGCUGCACGGCCGUGGUCCAACAUGUUGGCCUGACCGGACGCAGAGGGAGCGGAAGCUGCUGUUUCUAGUGUGUGUCGUGUCUGUGGGCCUGUUCAUAUCUCUCAUCACCACCGGGGUCUUCUACAAACAGACUCACCCAGGCUUGUGCCUCACAGAGCCGUGCAUCACCGUGGCCAGUACGGUGAUGGGAGCCCUGGACCGCUCCGUAGACCCCUGCCAUGACUUCUACAACUUUGCGUGCGGGGGCUGGAUGAAGAACAACCCUCUGCCUGAGGGAAAGUCCCGCUGGGGCCCGUUCAGCGACCUCUGGGAGCACAACAUGCUCGUCAUGAAGCAUUUAUUAGAAAACACAACGAUGAAAGGUCUGAGCAAGGCUGAGGAAAAGGCCCAGAGAUAUUAUCACGCCUGCAUGAACGAGGCCAAGAUUGAAGAAUUAGGAGCUAAGCCACUGCAGGAGCUUAUCAGCCAGAUCGGAGGCUGGGCCCUCACCGGAGACUGGGACAAGGACAACUUCCAGGAGGUUUUGCGAAUGGUGUCGGCCAACUAUCGUACUUCGCCGUUCUUCACUGUGUUCGUCAGCACCGAUGCCAAAAACUCAAACAGCAACAUCAUCCAGGUGGAUCAGUCCAGCCUGGGGCUACCUUCACGGGACUACUACCUCAACAAAACAGCAAAUGAAAAGUUUCUGACGGCAUACCUGAACUUCCUGGUGGAGUUGGGGGUUCUCCUGGGCGGCUCCGAGGAGACGUCUCGGACGCUGAUGGAGGAGAUUGUGGACUUUGAAACCACUCUGGCCAACAUCACCGUCCCACAGGAGGAGAGACGAGACGAGGAGCUCAUCUACCAUAAGAUGAAGGCCAAGGACCUGACGACUCUGGUUCCUGCCGUGGACUGGAUGCCGUACCUUAAAGAAGUCUUUGCUCCUGUGCCGCUCAACGAGUCGGAGCCAGUGGUUGUUUAUGCCAAAGAAUACCUCCAGCAAGUUUCUGACCUCAUAACUAAAACAAAUAAAAGCCUGCUCAACAACUACAUGAUAAUGAAGGUGGUGAGGAAGAUGGUGUCCAUUCUGGAUCAAAGGUUCCAGGAUGUGGAGCAGCGAUUCCUUGAGGUCAUGUACGGAACCAAGAAGAGCUGCACUCCGCGCUGGAAGCUGUGCGUCAGCGACACCGACAGCGCCCUGGGCUUCGCUCUGGGAGCCAUGUUUGUCAAAGCCACCUUUGCUGAGGACAGCAAGGCCAUUGCUGAAGAUAUGGUUGCAGAGAUUAAAUGGGCAUUCGAGGACAGCCUGAAGUAUGUGAGCUGGAUGGACUCAGAGACAAAAAAAGCAGCAAAAGAAAAGGCCGAUGCAAUAUACAACAUGGUCGGAUAUCCAGAGUUCAUCAUGAACACCACAAAGCUGGACAAAGUCUUCAAUGAUUUCGAGGUUGUGUCUGAACUUUACUUCCAAAACGUCAUGCAGUACUACAACUUCUCAGCCAGAGUGACUGCGGACCAGCUGAGGAAAACUCCCAACAGGAACCAGUGGAGCAUGACGCCUCCGACUGUGAAUGCAUAUUACAACCCGACCAAGAAUGAGAUGGUUCUGCCUGCAGGAAUUCUUCAGGCUCCGUUUUAUAGUCGAUCCUGGCCCAAAGCUCUUAACUUUGGUGGAAUUGGAGUCGUCAUGGGACACGAGCUGACUCAUGCUUUUGAUGACCAAGGGAGGGAAUACGACAAGGAUGGAAACCUGCGUCCCUGGUGGAAGAAUUCUUCUGUGGAGGCCUUCAAGAAGCAGACACAGUGCAUGGUGGAGCAGUACGGAAACUACAGCAUCAACCAGGAGCCUCUGAACGGCAGACACACUCUUGGAGAGAACAUCGCUGACAACGGCGGACUCAAGGCCGCCUACAAGGCUUAUGUGAACUGGAUCGAGAAGAAUGGCGAGGAGGCCGCGCUGCCAGCCCUGGGGAUGACCAACCAUCAGCUGUUUUUUGUAGGAUUUGCACAGGUUUGGUGCUCUGUCAGGACGCCUGAAAGCUCACAUGAGGGCGUCAUCACAGAUCCUCACAGUCCGUCAAGAUUCAGAGUCAUCGGCACAAUCUCCAACUCACACGAAUUCUCAAAGCACUUUGGCUGCAAAGCAGAUGCUGCCAUGAACCCAAAACACAAGUGUGAGCUUUGGUGAUGCACCAGCGCCGUUCAUCAGCAAGGAGUGAAAUGGACAUUUGGGAGAAUAGAUUGACAAAGUCUCUCUGGAUGGAGAACGCAAGAACCACUGAAACUCCUACUGCCUUGCCACUGAAUACUUAUCAGGCUUCUUAUGAGGACAAAAUGUGCCUGCUCUGUGUGGAGGAUUGCAAUCUUCAGUGCUUCUUCACUGACUGUUAUUCAAACAGCUUUCCCCAACUUCUUAAGUUAAAUGUAGCUAUAAAUGCGCUUUUUGAACACUGGAUAUCCAAAAACAUGGUAAGAGAAAAUGGGGGAACCACUCACAAAUUUUGUCACAUAAAGUGAUGAAUUAGAAAAGUGACGUUUCUUCGUUCCUGUAACUCUUCACUGUAAUUCAUUCUGUUCCCUUGUAUUUUUAUUGUAUUUUAUUUAUGGUCACAAAUUUUUAUAUGACAGUGAACCAGGGACCUACAAGAUGUUUAACCUGAUGGAAAAUCAAUAUGCACAGUUUUAAAUCCGUAAAAAUAUGUUUUAAUACUGCAGCAACAUUUUGUCUAUGAAUUAUUGCAAUAUUUCAGAAACAUUUCCUGUACGUUCUGGUCAAACUGUUACAUUUUAUAGAGAUACUAAUGUGAGAUUUGUGUCCCAUUGCUGGUGGAAGACCAGAACAAAUCGGAAACAGAAUGAAGGAAUUAAGAAAUUCACAGCAAUAAAUUAAAGCAUUGACUUUUUUUU